CAUUUUCUAAAUAAAAAUCUCUGCCAGAAAACGAGAUGUAGGAGGAGACGCGCGCAGAUUUGGCUUUUCUCUGGGAACCCGAGCUAGAAAAUAGGCAGUCACUGCGGACUCCCUGAGUUGUGUGGUGCUCCUGGACCUCUUUGUCAUCAACUAGUUUUUUUUUAAAUCUCCUUAACCAUGUCUGACGAAGAAGAAGUUUACUCCGAAGAAGAGGAGGAGGAAGAAGUCGUUGAAACGACUACCACCACUACCACCAAAGUCGAGGAAGGAGCGGGAGAUCCAGAAUUCAUCAAACGUCAAGAUCAGAAGAGAUCAGAUCUCGAUGAACAGCUUCGCGAGUACAUCACAGAAUGGCGCAAACAACGUGCCAAGGAAGAAGAAGACUUAAAGAAACUCAAGGAAAAACAGGCUAAACGCAAAAUUACUCGUGCUGAUGAAGAAAGGAAAAUGGCAGAACGUAAGAAGGCUGAAGAAGAACGUCGCGUUCGUGAAAUUGAAGAGAAGAAACAAAGAGAUAUUGAGGAAAAGAGACAACGUCUUGAAGAAGCCGAGAAGAAGCGUCAAGCCAUGAUGCAGGCUCUUAAAGACCAAAACAAAAACAAAGGACCUAACUUCACCAUUACCAAGAGAGACGCCGCAUCCAACCUCUCUGCCGCUCAACUUGAAAGGAAUAAGACUAAGGAACAAUUGGAAGAAGAAAAGAAAAUCUCCCUUUCCAUCCGUAUCAAACCCUUGGUCCUUGAUGGCCUUAGCGUAGAUAAACUCCGCGAAAGAGCCACAGAACUCUGGGAUUGCAUCGUCAAAUUGGAAACUGAAAAGUAUGACUUGGAAGAAAGGCAAAAACGUCAAGACUACGAUCUUAAAGAAUUGAAAGAAAGACAAAAGCAGCAGUUGAGACACAAAGCCUUGAAAAAGGGUCUAGACCCUGAAGCCCUCACAGGCAAAUACCCUCCAAAAAUCCAAGUAGCCUCCAAAUAUGAACGUCGUGUAGACACUAGGUCGUACAGUGAUAAGAAACAUCUCUUUGAAGGAGGCUUUGAUAUGCUCUAUAUGGAUACCUUGGAAAAAGUAUGGAAAACAAGGAUUGAAGAUUUUAUGAAGAGACCACGAUCAAGACUUCCAAAAUGGUUCGGUGAAAGACCAGGCAAGAAAUCUGGUGACCCAGAAACUCCAGAAGGUGAGGAAGAAGGUAAACAAGCUGCUGAUGAUGAUGAAGAUCUUAAAGAACCAGUGAUCGAACCCGAACCAGAAGAGGAAGAGGAAGAGGAGGAAGUAGAGGUUGACGAAGAAGAGGAAGAUGAUGAGGAAGAGGAAGAAGAAUAAAUGCCAAGAAAUGUAUAAGAUCUGUUAUAUACUGAAUGAAAUGUAACAUCAGAUUCUCAAUAAGAAAUAAAAACAAGUUAUACCAAUUAUCAUCAAUAGAAUUUGUAAUUUGUUUUAUUUUUGUUCCAACAAAUUUCAAUUAUUUAUUAUAUUUAUUAUUAAAUAAAGUUGUACUGUAAUAUUGUCAAGAGAAAAUUUUAAUGGUGUUUUAUUUGUAUGUUAGGUUUAAGUUAUAAAUAAACCAUUUGAAUAUUAAAAA